UAUCAGCAAAUACAAGCUCUUAUAGCACCACCGAUAUCCGACGACUCGAAGGCGGCGAAAGCGAAGAAGGAGAAGGAGGAGAAGAAGCAUCCGUACUUCAAGAGACGAGGUCGUGGCCACAAUCGCGACUUCUGCGACGCCUGCAAAGAUGGUGGAGAGCUCAUAUGCUGUGACAAAUGUCCAGCCUCCUAUCAUCUGCAGUGCCACUAUCCGGCAGUGGACCCGACGGAUAUUCCUAAUGGAGAAUGGCUGUGCUACGCCUGCCGUUGCGCCUCUAAGAGGGAGGAACUCUUUGAUGAAAAGGGGAACGAGAAGAAAAAGAGAUCGGCUCUGGAAGUGCUAACGUUGGCGGCUUCUCUGGUAAAUCCGAGAGAAUUCGAAUUGCCCAAGGAGUUACAGUUGCCUAUAAUGUUUCCUGGGAGCAAUAAAGUAGACUAUGUAUCUGGUAGAAGAGGAAAACCACUGAGCUCGUCGUACAACAAUGUUGGAAAAAGUCAUUGCUUGGAUAGCAACUUAAUGGUUCCGUUACCAGCUCGUUUAUGCUACGAAUGUGGACGUAGUUGCAGGAAGGCGCCACUAAUCGCAUGUGAUUAUUGCCCGUUGUAUUUUCAUCAGGAUUGCUUGGACCCACCAUUGACUGCCUUUCCUAUCGGCAGAUGGAUGUGUCCAAAUCAUCCGAAUCAUUUCAUAGAUCAGAAUCUGUUGACUUCUUGUAGAGUGACCGAACGCAUAAAGCUCUGGGACAAGUACGCGAAUCAACGAAUAGAUCAGCACGCGGUGAAACUGGAUUUCCUGCGUAAAGCGCGCGCCGCCAAUCCACUGUUUCGCACGAAGGUGAGAUUGGAGGGUCGUCCAAAAAUCAAAGUUCCUUGCAGCGUCAAGUUCCAUUAUAAGAACCGGCCGCACUUAGAGCCGGUACAGUCUUAUCAAGAUAGUCUUAUACGGCCUGUAAACGAUACUGCAGGCAAAGAAGAGCGACAGACAGACGUCGAGAAGGCAGAUGGCAAAGAUAAUUGUACAGAAAAUAAGAAAACUAAAGAGACCGAUGAAACGAGAACGAAAGGAGAGAAAUGUGAUACUACCGCGGAUGAGGGAGGCGAUCGGC